UCCAAAACCAACUUGAGCUUUCUAGUUGGGUUGAGUUAUUGGGCUGGUGGGUCUAAUACACACUCACACAGCCCAACCUCUCUAGCCCCAGUUUGACACACACUAUAUAAUCUCACUCAACGUUCUCUCUCGCCGGCGACCUCACUUCCGGCGCCGACCUGCGUUGUCUUCAGCCUUUUCAAUCUUCUCUCUCUAUCGAGAUUAAAUGGAGGAAUCAGAGAAGAGGAGAGAAAGACUGAAUGCAGUGCGCAUGCAAGCUGCUCAGUCUGAAUUUUCAAUUAAUGUUGCAAGUUCUUCGAUGCCUGUUUCCCUUUCUAAUCCAUUGAUUGAAACCUCUGCAACUAUGGCAGAGCAGGAGGAGUCAUGUUCUCCUAGGUUUGAUUUUUACACAGACCCAAUGUCAGCAUUCUCUGAUAGCAAGAAGAGUAGCAAGGCUAGUAAUCAGAACAGACCAGAUUAUUUCACAUCUCCCAAUUAUUGUGGUUCUCCUAUGGCACAGUUUUCACCAUCUCUUCCAGCUGGACCAAUGAACCCUGGAAUGGCUCUGUAUUCUGCUCAUCAAAUCCAGAUUAGCAGUUCACCCAAUCAGAUAACGUACCAAGAACAAGGUUCUUGUUACAGCCCUGGUCCACAUAGAAGCCCAAUAGGAACAUCCAAUCCUUUUACCAUGCAUCCCCGGACUCCAGAAGUCUGGAAUGCACCAAUAACCCCAACAAGCAGUAGUUUUCCAUAUAAUCCAUCUAGAGGGGGUCAUUAUCCAAGCCCUGGGUUUGGACCAAGAGGUAGCCUGCGUUUUAAUACUCGGCAAGGCUGGGGUCACUGGGUCAGCCACAGUCCAAGCCCUGGUUCAGGACGAGGAGGCAGUCCUAGCCCUGGUUCAGGAAGAGGUGGGAGUCGCUGGUAUGGAAGAAGCAUGAGCCCUGUUUUGGGACAUAGUAGUGGACGAGGGCGAAGUUCUCAUGCUCGUCUAUCGGGGCCUCAGCAAUUUUACAAUCAGUCCAUGUUAGAAGACCCAUGGAAGUUUUUGAAACCAGUUGAAUGGAGGCGCAUGAGUGCUUUAGUGAAUAGUUUGAACGCCCCUGACUCAUCAAAAUCCAGGAUUACAAAAUCUCCUAGCACAAGAAAGACCAAAGUUUCAGAACCUUCAAACAAGUCAAGUUCUCAACCAAGCUUGGCUACCUCAUUCAAUGAAGCUGUAAAUGACACACCAAGUAUAUGACAGUUGCUGGGAGUUCUCACUUCUCAGUAGGAUUUCUAACCAGAAAGAGAAGCAGGAAGGCUUAAAAGGUGUUUGGUGGAUAUCUAGACUCCUGAAGGCACCAAAAGAAUUUCGUAUAUCUCUUUGUGGAGUUUCAAAGAAACUGUUACUAUUUGCAAUUGCAUGUAAUGAUCGCUUUUAAAAUUCAGAGUAAAUUAUCAGAAGGCUGCAAGCAUCUGAUACUGUACAAAGUAAUAACAUAGCAAGUUAAUUAUAGUUGUAUUUUGCAAGUUCUUGUGGCAACAAUCAAAGGUUUCCUUUACAAUUGAAUAUCUUUACAAUAUGAUUGCAUUUUUGUCA